AUCUUGGAUCAUCUGGUUUUAGGUACUAGAGACCAUUGGAGCAGUUCUGAUAAACGUUUUCAAAGGUCUACAACGUGAUUAUGCUGACGCGAUCGCUACAGUAGGACGGCAGUAUCCUGCAGAGCCUUUUGAGUUUUGCGAACCACCACUUGUUCUUAAGUAUUCUGAUGCGCUGACGAUGCUGCGCGAAGAUGGCGUUGAAAUUGGGGACGAAGAGGAUAUGAGUACACCAGUAGAAAAACAACUUGGUCGUUUAGUAAAGCAAAAAUAUAAAACCGACUUCUACAUAUUGGACAAAUUCCCUCUUGCUGUGCGACCAUUCUAUACCAUGCCUGACCCACAUGAUCCGAAAUACUCCAAUAGCUACGAUAUGUUUAUGAGAGGCGAGGAAAUUUUAUCUGGAGCUCAACGAAUUCAUGAUGCCGAGUUUCUUGUGGAGCGAGCCAAACACCACAAGAUUGAACUCGAGAAAAUACAGGCCUACAUUGACUCAUUCAAAUACGGAUGUCCGCCUCAUGCAGGCGGUGGCAUUGGUUUGGAACGAGUUACCAUGCUUUUCCUUGGCUUACAUAAUAUUCGCCUUGCGUCGAUGUUCCCUCGCGACCCGAAGAGAAUCACACCUUGA